GCCACUUAACUGAUCGAUGUCCCUCCUCCGAGUGGUUACUCGCCAUGCAGCACGUCCUUUGACGCGUGCAUUUGCCUCCGAACCAUCCUCGUCGUUUUCGACGGCAACAGGGGUAUAUACAGUAUUCGACCGAACUGCCAAGAGGAAACAACGCGAUCGGGCAGUGAGCAGAGAUGCAGGCGUAGGGAGCAGGACCGUGGACUACGUCCGGGAUGAAGUUGCAGACCGAAUGAUGGAGAGGCUACUAGACAUCAAACGCAAAUUUGAUACCAUUGUAGACCUUGGUUCUGGCCCUGGUCACUUUUCCAAGCUCCUCGAGCCCGAAAAAACGCGCAAAGUACUCAUGAUAGAUUCUAGUGAGGCCAUGCUCAACAGAGAUCUGGACGAAGAGUUCGAAGUUGAAGUAGAGCGUGUCCGUGCAGAUGAAGAGAAUCUCUUCGAUGUUCUUCCCCGCAACUCUCAAGAGGCCAUUGUGUCUUGCCUCAGCCUCCAUUGGGUGAACGACCUACCAGGCGUACUUGUACAAAUAAAAGAAGCCCUGAAACCUGAUGGGCUCUUUUUAGGCGCCAUGUUUGGCGGGGACACCUUGUUUGAGCUGCGAACUGCCCUUCAGCUUGCGGAAGUAGACCGCGAGGGCGGCAUCUCGCCACAUAUCUCGCCCAUGACAGAUACUAAGGACAUCUCGAACCUCCUCUCUCGUGCUGGAUUUACUCUUCUCACUGUAGAUAUCGAUGAAGUGCGUGUUGGAUACCCGAGCAUGUGGGAACUUCUCGAAGAUCUGCGUGACAUGGGUGAGAGCAACGCCGUUGUUGGAAGGCGACACUUCUUGCACAGAGAUACAUUGGCCGCUGCCUCUGCUAUCUAUAAAGAACUGCACGGAAACGAAGACGGCUCCGUUCCAGCGACAUUCCAGAUUAUCUACAUGAUUGGCUGGAAGCCCUCGCCUAGUCAACCCAAGCCGCUUGAACGUGGAACGGCCCAGACUAACCUCAAAGAUGUACUCUGAUUUACCGCGUCAUUGUGUAGACUAGAAUUUCAUCCAAGCGUCGGACUAUUGCUAAUAUGUUUCAUAUACUCAACGUCAGAUCUCAAAUAUCGAAUAUCGAAUUUGACUUUCGCCCACUCUAAGAGUUACU